AAUCCCUGAAAUUUACCCUAGUUUGCUGUCUGCCUCGUCUUCUUCGAUUCUCAUAUCCCAAUCUCUGUUAUCAUCAACUGAUUCAGUGUUCUAUCGAAUACUAUCUAAGGAUUAUAAUGGCUACGGCAGUGGACAGGCCGGCUUCUGCUUCGUAUAACCCACCGCAAUCGAACAAGCUUCGAUGGGGUGAGCUCGAAGAAGACGACGGAGAGGAUUUGGAUUUCCUUCUCCCACCUCGUAUGGUGAUUGGGCCAGAUGAGAAUGGCGUGAAGAAGGUAAUUGAGUACAAGUUCAACGAAGAUGGCAACAAGGUUAAGAUCACAACUACAACUCGGACUCGCAAACUCGCCAAGGCCCGACUUAGUAAGCGUGCCCUUGAGCGUCGCUCGUGGCCUAAGUUUGGUGAUGCUGUGCAUGAGGAGGUUGGUAGCAGACUCACCAUGGUUUCCACCGAAGAGAUUCUCCUUGAGAGACCUAGGGCUCCCGGGAGCAAAGCAGAAGAAACCAAAGUUGCUGGAGAUCCCUUGGCACAGCUUGGGAAAGGUGGUGCUGUUCUCAUGGUAUGCCGUACAUGUGGAAAGAAGGGUGACCACUGGACAUCAAGGUGCCCCUACAAGGAUCUUGCUCCUCCAUCUGAAGGCUUUGUUGACAAACCUGCAUCCGAAACUACAGCUCCUGCUUCUGGCGCAAGCAAGGGAUCAACCUACGUUCCUCCAGGCAUGAGAGGUGGUGCUGCAGAGAGAGGCAGUGCACCUGAUAGGCGUAGGAAUGAAGAAAAUUCAGUUCGGGUUACCAAUCUUUCAGAGGAUACACGUGAACCUGACUUGCUUGAGCUCUUCCGUACCUUUGGUCCCGUCAGCCGUGUGUAUGUUGCUGUUGACCAGAAGACAGGUGUGAGUCGAGGAUUUGGUUUUGUGAACUUUGUGAACAAGGAAGAUGCUGAAAGAGCCAUCAACAAGCUGAAUGGGUAUGGAUAUGACAAUUUGAUCCUGAGAGUUGAGUGGGCUACACCAAGGUCGAACUAGGAAGCUUCUAAACAAGAAUUAGUCACAAGAGACAGUUGCAGUUUUGAUUGAUUUCUGAUUUGAAGUCGUUGACAGUGUUUGAAUUUCGUCUUAAAGAGUUCUCUUACUAUUAUCAGUUUUUUACAGUGGCAAGAACAGAUGAUUCUCUCAAUAAUUUUGAGAGUAAUGAGCUGGUUUGUAACUUUAUUUCUUAUAAUAGGUUGGAUAUUGUAUUUAUCGGUUGGAACUUGGAAGUCUGUUCUGUGGUC